ACCAUUUUUGAUGACUUCUGUCGGUCGCAAUCGGUGGUGGUGUUUUUUUACUUGAAAAUCAGUGCGUUGCUCUACGAAUUUCGGAACUUCUAAGUUCUAGGAAGCCUAAAUGUAGUACAUUGCAACAGUGAGGAUUUAAUGCUAUACUCUAUGUGAGAAUCUUUCCUUGUACAUCCAUGAAAAUUGACAACGUUUUUAAAACAUAGUGAAUAUUUCUCCAAGUGAUAAAAUUGACAUUUCAAGACAUCUUUUCGGAAAUAAUCACGGCUUGUACUCAUUCUACAUGAUAUGGUCAUUCUAUUAACAUAGAAAAAUACAAAAGCGUGCAAAGGUUCAGCCGAGACGUCUGCUGUUCAUUUUAAAAUGGCCAACGCCAAGAAGGAUCCAGACGGGGUUGGUGUCCAAAUUGAGUCACCGGUGUCACCGAACUCAAUUUUGAACAUGAACAUCAAUACAAUUAAUCUUCCGGUUCCACUAACGAUGGAGGAGAAGAAGUAUUUACUAGCAGUGGAGCGUGGUGACAUGGCAACCGUUAAAAGAGUCCUGCAACGGGCCCACCGGAAGCAGCACAUCAACGUGAACUGCGUCGAUUCACUGGGCCGUGGCGCACUAACACUUGCCAUCGACGGCGAAAACCUGGAGAUGGUGGAGCUGUUGGUGAUCAUGCAAGUGGAAACGAAGGACGCUCUUUUGCUUGCCAUCAAUGCGGAAUUUGUGGAAGCGGUUGAGUUGCUGCUAGAGCACGAGGAACUGAUCCGGAAGGAGGGUGAAUUAUAUAGUUGGCAAAAAGUCGACAUCAGUACCGCCAUGUUCAUGCCGGAUGUUACCCCUCUAAUGCUGGCUGCCCAUAAGAAUAAUUAUGAAAUUCUAAAAAUACUUCUGGAUCGAGGAGCUACUCUUCCUAUGCCCCAUGAUGUGAGAUGCGGUUGUGAUGAUUGUAUCAAACGAUCCACGGAGGACUCGCUGCGACACUCACUAGCUCGUGUGAACGAGUACCGAGCCUUAGCCAGCCCCUCACUGAUCGCACUCAGCUCGCAAGAUCCUUUGCUAACAGCAUUUCAACUGUCGUGGGAGCUUCGUAAUCUGGCGUUCGCAGAGCAGGAGUGUAAAACCGAAUAUCUCGAACUUCGUCGGCAGUGUCAAAAAUUUGCCGUAGAUUUACUGGAUCAGUCACGAAGCUCUCAGGAACUAGCCAUAAUUCUGAACUACGAUCCAGAGUCUCCUCCUUACAUGGACGGUGAUCAUAUGAAGCUAGCACGACUAGAGCUGGCUAUCAACUACAAACAGAAGAAGUUUGUAGCCCACCCGAAUAUCCAGCAGCUGCUGGCAGCCAUGUGGUAUGAAGGUGUACCAGGAUUUCGACGAAAGUCAGCUUUACAGAAAAUUUACACCAUUUCCAAAGUAGCUCUACUAUUUCCUGUGUACUGUCUGAUGUACAUGAUCGCACCAAACUGUCAUACUUCUAAAUUUAUGCGGAAGCCGUUCAUGAAAUUUUUGAUACACGCUUCAUCCUACUUGUUUUUCCUCUUCUUGCUCAUAUUGGUGUCCCAAAGAGCCGAGGUACAUCUGGUGGAAAUGUUUGGAACGGAAAACAUGAAACAGACGUUGCAUGAGGAGAUGGCCCGUCAACGAGGAAAUGGACCGACGUAUUUGGAAUGUCUCGUCAUGAUCUACGUGCUCGGAUUCAUUUGGGAGGAAACUCAGGAGAUAUUCCUGGAAGGAAUGCAAAGCUAUCUUCGAAAUAUGUGGAAUUUUAUUGAUUUUUCCAGAAAUUUCCUAUACUGCUGUGUCGCACUUUUAAGGACGAUUGCCUACAUUCAGCAAACCUCGGAGAUCGCGAAAGAUCCAAGUACGGCUUAUAUAUCCCGUGAGGAUUGGGACGAUUUUGAUCCCCAGUUGAUCGCAGAAGGUUUGUUUGCGGCGGCGAACGUAUUUUCCGCGUUGAAACUGGUCCAUCUGUUUUCGAUUAACCCUCAUCUUGGACCCCUGCAGAUCUCACUCGGUCGAAUGGUUAUCGAUAUUGUCAAGUUUUUCUUCAUCUAUUCUUUGGUCCUAUUCGCGUUUGCUUGCGGUCUCAAUCAGUUGUUGUGGUACUUUGCUGAUUUGGAGAAGUCCAAGUGCUAUAGCUUGGCGGGUGGUUUACCGGAUUGGGACGGUCAAGGUGAUGCUUGUAUGAAAUGGAGACGUUUCGGAAAUUUGUUUGAGUCGUCACAAUCCUUGUUUUGGGCCAGUUUCGGAAUGGUUGGGCUGGAAAGUUUCGAGCUGACCGGAAUCAAAUCUUACACCCGUUUCUGGGGGCUGCUGAUGUUUGGAUCUUACAGUGUGAUCAAUGUGAUUGUUCUGCUGAAUCUCCUUAUCGCCAUGAUGUCCAACUCGUAUGCCAUGAUCGACGAGCAUUCCGACACGGAGUGGAAAUUUGCUCGUACUCGGCUGUGGAUGAGCUAUUUUGAGGAAAGCUCAACGCUUCCACCUCCUUUCAACAUUUUUCCCACGAUGAAACAUCUGAAGCGGUUGUGUGGUAGAAGUAAAAAACGAAACAUCAAGCGGGAAUCGAAAAUUCGCCGAAAGGAAGACAAGGAACGGGCCGAAAGGUACAGCUCUGUAAUGCGAGCAUUGGUUUGGCGAUAUGUUUCGGCUAAACAUCGGAAAAUGGAGGAAGAUCCGGUUACCGAAGACGACAUCAAUGAGGUCAAGGGAGAUAUUUCCGCUUUACGGUAUGAGUUGUUGGAAAUAUUCGAGAAAAACGGGAUGGAUGUAUCGGCAGCUGAUCGAAAGGAGAAGGCCGUCCUCGCCAAGCGCAUGAAGGUUUGGGAACGUCGUUUGAUGAAGGACUUCCACGUGGCACCAAUCGACAUCCAAAGUGAUAUACCGGAAGAGCCGGAAGAGAAAGAGGAGGAAGAAGAUAUCAGUCCACUGGCUCGAUUCCGUCGUGUUGCCCGGAAGGUUGCUAGCCAAACAACCUCGGCUAAGUGGGGCCAAGUCAUGACGGGAAUGGGCAUCGAGCCCAACUCGCAGAUCGGAAAGUGUAAAACACGCGACAGCUUCCGCCAGCAGCAACAUCUGCAAAAAGCAAUGCACGAAGCGCAACGUCUGGUACAACGUAGUCCAAUGUAUCACUCCGGAAGCACGUCUCCAACGAUGGAAGUUUAUCAUGAUGAGACUACCAACACUUUGUUGCAACUGAUCAAUCAGCUAACUGAGGAAACGAGUCGUAUAUCUCCAAGGAAUACAUUGCAUGCACCAACUCAGAACGUACGUUCCACAACUCCUCUAGAGCUUUUGACCGCUCAGCUGCAAGUUGCUCUAAGCAAAGCUUCGUCUCCGAUGAUGAUGAAAUCUUUAAAAUGUGAAGGCAGAGCGAAAUCGCCAUCAGUUAGCAAUCAUAAUACUAAAACUUCAGUUACUUGUUUAGAUAGCAAAUCCCAAGUAUUAUCAGAGAAAUCAAAAUCAAGUCUCGAGAUAUAUCCGCCUCCAACAAUCAUGUCCCCUCCUCCUACCAAGAUCCAUUCACCUCCGAUCCAAUCACCUCCACCGAUAAUUCAUGUUACAAGUUCUGGACACACCGAAGCUCAAUCGGUUGUAAUCAAUUCACUUUCCGAUACGAGUCAAUCUUCUGGAAUUAAACUAUCUGAAGUAAAUGUCAAUGGUGAUGAUCCCGUACCACUAGUGUCGGCGGUGGGAUCUUUGCCAAAAGUGAUAAAGCGGAAAGCACCACAAUCACCGGAAAGAGAUAUAGCAGUUUCACGUCCUCUGGCCAAUAAGACCCAGUUUGGCCAGGGAAUGAUACCACCUCCUCCAUCGAAGGAGGAUCAAUCGGGGACAACAAUGAUAAUUCCGAUUCUAUCGACAACUCCGGCUACUCCUCUUCCGCCACACAAAACAAUGGAAGCUAUCACAAGACCAUCACCACCAACUCCCGUUCCUCCAAGAGCUGUUAGUAAACCUCAGUCUCCUCCUCCGCCGCCACAGGUAGUUAAAUCACCUAGGAAGAAAAAAUCUCCAUCCCCACCCCUGGCACCGGUGAAAAAGUCUCCUUCCCCACCAGCAGCAGCGACCGUCAAGCUCGAAUUGAUGUCCCAGCAGCCGCAGCUAGAUGUUACUUCUAGUACCGAGCAACUCAUCGCUACCGGAAGUACCGAUCUGUCUACAAACGUCGCACGAACAGCCUCAUCACCGCCAUGCCUGCGACCGAUCAGUAAAAUUGCCGAUGUGAAAACUAUAAAACGGCAGCCCAAGUCUGGGUGGUUGUAAGACCCUAACAAGUGAAUUAUCAAUUUACACUGAGUUGCCUAAUAAAUUUGAACUUUAUGGAAUCGCUUGAAAUGAUUUUAAUAUUUCUAUGA